AGAGGCAUCCAAUCGGCGCAUGCGCUUCACGAACGAGCGUGGUUUGGCAAAGAUGGCGGCGAGCUCCGAUUUGCUGGGAGAUGUUUUCUUCAAAACAGAGAGGGACGAAAAAGUGAAAAGUGAGCUAAUUGGAUCUCUGGACACCGAGUCAACAGAAGAAAGUCACGUUAACUCAGCGGGUGGAACGCAGUCUGAAACAAAUCACGCUGACAGCUCGGCUAUUCGCAGUAGUUUUAAUAUUCAGGGCAGCAAAAUGGGACUUUCACAACAAGAGCUUGCUAAAGCAGGGUCAGGAGUUCAAAGAGGUGUCAGUAGCAGUGCGGGGUGCCUCGUUCCGAGGAUGGACGGAGCGGCGGGGGUCACCCCGGCGGCUGAAGCGGUCGGUAACCCCGCUCAGAGUCAACCUCAGCCGGCAACGGCCAGCGGAGUUGUUACGGCGGCAUCAGACGCGGCAUCCGGGCUGGAGAAACCCGAGGGAGCCCAAAGUUUGAAUGGAAGCGCCGCGGUGACGAACUGUCACAUCGCAGAGAGCAGAGCCGACAGUUCGCAGCCCAACGGACCGGCUCCCGCGUGCAAGGAAGAGGCAGCGGCUGUUCAGCCUAGCACUAUCAUUCGAACUACUUUGAGUGCUCAAAAUGCUCCCUCCCCCGGCGUGGUUCCGGCUCAGCCCGGUGCCAGAACAACUGUACCCACGGUCACGCUGGUGAAGCCGCUCAUGCAAACUUCCACCAGCAGCCCGGUUCUAACCUCCUCGUCACCGGGCAUCAGUGUUUCCAGUAGCUCCCCUGUCACUAAAUCGGACUGCACGAAAAGUGUCAUCCUGACCGGCGGUCAAGCCGCGCCGCCGCCAGGCGCCACGGCGACCAUCAGGAGCCCCGGGGUCUGGCCGAACCCCAGGACCGCCGCUCCAUCAACGAUUGCAGCAGCUCCGGGUGGAGUUCGACCCCCUGCUCCACAGGUGCUGGCUCCACGGCUCAGUCAGCCCCAACAAAACACCACAAACAUCCAAAACAUCCAGCUUCCUCCAGGCAUGGUCCUGAUCCGCAGUGAGAGUGGGCAGCUGCUGAUGAUUCACCAGCAGACCCUGGCUCAGAUGCAAGCCCAGUCGCAGUCACAAAGUGCCAUGACGCCGCGGCCCGCAGCGCCCACCAGCACUCCUCCUGUGCAGACGUCUCUGCAGACUCCAGGUACUCCACUGCUGACCCGCCCUGUCACCUCCACCACUAUUAUAAAACAGGCCUCCCCAGUCCAGACCACAGGGAUAGUCACCACUGCGCUGCAGAGGCCUCCUGUGCUGCAGAACACGGUCAUGCUGGGAGUGACGGCCUCAGGACAGCCAAUGGGAACGGCCGCCAAAGUCCAGCCAGCGGCUCAGAGGGUGGGACCGCUGGGAGCCACGGGAACAGCCGUCGCUCCAACACCAGUCUCAGCUGAAACACUGGAGAAUGUGAAGAAGUGUCGGAACUUUCUCUCCACGCUCAUCAAGCUGGCAAGUGGAAAACAGUCGCCUCAGACUUCAGCGAAUGUCAAAGAGCUGAUCAAGAACCUGCUGCAAGCAAAAAUAGAGCCUGAGGAUUUCACCAGCAGGUUGUACAAAGAGCUGAGCUCCUCCCCUCAACCGUACCUGGUUCCCUUUCUGAAGAGAAGCCUCCCCGCGCUGCGUCAGAUGACCCCAGACCCGGAUGCAUUCAUCCAGCAGAGCCUGCUGCCUCUGCCCAGCACUCAGCCGGUUGCGACGGCCUCCACGGCCCUCACCGCUGUGGUGCUGCGGCCUCCUCUGUCGACCACAGUCACCACAGCUACAAGCACAACCAAAGCCACGGUCAUCAGCCUCACCCAGACUCCUCAGAGUAAACCUGGGCUGAUCGUCUCUCAGCAACAAGGCACCAUGGUGAGGCCACAGGUGCCUCUGGCUCAGUCUCCUGUGGUGACCAUCAGAGGACAGCCUCAUAGCCGGAUUAUUGUUGGUCAGCCACAGGUGGUAAAACAGCUAACAGCAGUUCCAGCUGUGAGACAGACUUUGGCUCCGGGGAUCAGAGGAGUUCAGGUGCUCGGUCACGCUUCGGUAGCUGAUGCUCACAGGAACAGGCUAAAAGAAGCAGGAGGGGGAGCUUUCAAGGAUGAUGAUGACAUCAACGACGUGGCGUCCAUGGCCGGGGUCAACCUGUCGGAGGAGAGUGCCCGCAUCCUGGCAACCAGCUCCGAGCUUGUUGGCAUGGUGACUCGUUCCUGCAAGGACGAGGCCUUCCUGUCCACCCCGUCCCUUACCAGGAUAGCCCUGGAGAUCGGUAAAAAGUUUGGUGUCAGCGAGCUGGGCACAGACGUGAUCAGUUACAUUUCUCAUGCAACCCAGCAGCGACUCCAGAACCUGUUGGAAAAGGUCUCACAAGUGGCUCACCACAAGAACGUCACCCUGAAGGAAGAUGAGCGAUGUGAGCAGGUCAGCGAUGUCAGAGGACAACUUAAGUUUUUUGAGCAGCUGGACCAGCUGGAAAAGCAGAGAAAGGAAGAGCAGGAGAGGGAGAUCCUCUUGAAGGCUGCUAAGUCUCGGUCAAGGCAAGAAGAUCCGGAGCAGCUCCGACUCAAACAGAAGGCCAAAGAGAUGCAGCAGCUGGAGCUGGCUCAGAUCAGGCAGAGGGAAGCCAACCUGGCAGCCCUGGCAGCCAUCGGCCCCAGGAAAAAACGCAAAACGGACUCUCCUGUGAAGGGGGCGGGCGCAGACGGCUCAAGUUCGGGUCCCUCUCAGCCCGGAGGCUCCGGAGGAGCCGGCUCCAGACAGUUCACACGUCAGCGCAUCACUCGAGUCAACCUGCGGGACCUGCUCUUCUGCCUGGAGAACGAAAAAGAAACCAGCCACUCCCAGCUGCUCUACAAAGGCUUCCUGAAGUAGCAGCUCCGUUUGGGGCUAAGGAUGCGGGUCAGACUGCAGUCUACACACAAACACACACAGGUGUCCGCUUUAAAACUCCCACAAAAAGGUACCGCUUCUGAUGUCAUCGUGCCUCUUGCUCUGUUUGAAACCAGAACACGUCAAAAACGGCUAUACGCUGUUUUUUUUUUUAACUCUUGAGUUUUGGCUACAAAACAGAGAUGUUAACUUCUCCUUCAUUUUUUAUUGUACAUUAUCAAUGCCUUUGUAUUUGUUUUACAGAGACUAACCUGGUUUUGUCAUCUGCACAGCUGCCUUUCUAACACUUAAACCAUGUAAGCCAUAUGCUGUAUGCAUUUAAUACCUGACAUGUUUUCUUGCUAAUCUUUUCUGAAUGAAACAGAAAAGCUUUAUACAGAUAUUUUUGUUUUAAAUAUUGUGGGGAUUGAUCCCUAUGCAGAAUCAGUCACUGGUUGUCAUAACUUUUUUUUUUUUUAAUAACGCCCCUAUAACAUUUAAUUCUUAAUUAUUUUUCACUUCAAUCUUGUAAAUAUUGAUUUUUAAAUCAGAAAAUGUAAGUUAAAAAUUAAAAAAAAUUGAUGCCUUUGUUUUUCUGCACAUUUACAAGCCAAAAUCUAAAUUUGAA